UCUCAGUCCACUGACGCCCCAGGGCCGUCACCAUGGACUUCCAGCAUCGGCCAGGGGGCAAGACCGGGAGCGGGGGCGUGGCCUCCUCCUCCGAGAGCAACCGUGACCGCAGGGAGCGUCUGCGGCAGCUGGCCCUGGAGACCAUCGACAUCAACAAGGACCCCUACUUCAUGAAGAACCACCUGGGCUCCUACGAGUGCAAGCUCUGUCUGACCCUCCACAACAACGAGGUGCGCCCGCCCACCUGGGCUCCGAGCCUCGGGGUCGGGAGGGGCCUCCGGCACCUGGGCCUGGGGCCUGGACUGCCUGUGGGGGGGUUGCCCAGCUGCAUCUGUCCCGCCCACAGGGCGCGGAGAGCAGCUAAGGAAGCCAAGGAGGCCCCUGCCCAGCCCGCACCGGAGAAGGUCAAGGUGGAGGUGAAGAAGUUUGUGAAAAUCGGGCGCCCAGGCUACAAGGUGACCAAGCAGAGGGAUUCGGAGACCGGGCAGCAGAGCCUCCUUUUCCAGAUCGACUACCCCGAGGUUGCCGAGGGCAUCAUGCCACGCCACCGCUUCAUGUCCGCCUACGAGCAGAGGAUCGAGCCCCCUGACCGGCGCUGGCAGUACCUGCUGAUGGCGGCCGAGCCCUACGAAACCAUCGCUUUCAAGGUGCCCAGCAGGGAGAUCGACAAGGCCGAGGGCAAGUUCUGGACCCACUGGAACCGGGAGACCAAGCAGUUUUUCCUGCAGUUCCACUUUAAGAUGGAGAAGCCUCCGGCCCCGCCCAGCCUCCCUGCCGGCCCCCCCGGGGUGAAG